AUGGAGCAGAUAGCAUUACUCCUUUCAAAUGCUGGCCAUGAUGUAACAUACUUCGUCCACACGGAAUACACUGCCUCAGAAAUACUUCAAGCAGCAAAUGUUACCAUUAUAACAUACCAGUACCCCACUAAGGACCUAGCAUACAAUCUGGGAGGGGAUACGAUAACAGAUUUCACGAAAAUGACAAUUCUAGAAGAAAUGGCAUUUAUGUUUAAAAAAGGACAAAUCCACGACAUAUAUGUUAACUAUUCCAUUUCUGCAUAUUUCUCAGAUAUGAACCAAUGGUGGGGACUCAAAGCUCAGAAUUUUGACUUGAUAAUAUUUGACAGUCAAGAUUUUGCUUUAGGAAGGCUCAUGAAGGAAUAUCUAGACAGACCUGCCAUACUUUGGUCAAAUGCCGGCUUUGAGAUGCAUAUCGAUAACUGGCUGGUGCCAUUCCAUGUAUCAUAUAUACCUAUCAAUUUUGUGUCAUAUAGUGACCAAAUGACUUUUAAAGAACGAGCAAUGAAUACAUUUUACUAUGUGGCAUUACAGUACUACAUGAAAGACUGGUGUGAUACAACAAAUGAUGCUUUGGCAAAGGUCGCUGAUAAAGUUGGACUCCCUCAUGAAAUUAGACCUGUUCUCAAUGAUGCAGACCUCAUAUUUAUUCAAUCUAAUUUUCCACACUUCUACCCUCGUCCAAUCAUGCCAAAUGUUGUCCCUGUAUUAGGGUUACUAGAUCGUGACCAUAAGCCAAUUGAUGCAAAGUUUCUCAACUUCAUAGAUGGCGCUAAUGAUGGUUUUAUCAUCUUCACACUAGGUACAUUGGCAACAGGUUUCGAUGCGCAAACUCGGGAAAUUUUUGCUACUGCGUUUGCGAUGUUGAAACAACGAGUUUUAUGGAGGUAUAUUGGCUCUGAUCCUCUAUCACUAGGCAACAAUACAAUGUUGUCACCAUGGUUACCACAAAACGAUCUUCUUGGGCACCCAAAAUUGAAAUUAUUCAUUACCCAUUGUGGAUCAGGAAGCUCGGGAGAAGCUGUUUACAACGCUGCACCUGUGAUUGGUCUUCCUUUAUUUUUAGAUCAGCGCCAUCACUGUGCUCUUUUGACAAAACGUCAUAAAAUGGGAUUAACAUUAUCAUUUGCUGAUAUCACAUUGGACACAUUUUCUGCUGCGAUUGUUGAGGUCCUCGGAAACCCUCAGUACAAGAAAAAUGCUGUAAAAGCGCAGAAACUGGUCCGGGAUCAACCCAUCAAUGCUACAUACACAAUUCAGUAUUGGUGUGAAUAUAUUAUGAAGCACAAAGGCGCAUAUCACUUGAAAUCUUCUGCCAUGUUUGAACUGAACUUCUUCCAGUACUUCUUAUUGGACAUACUACUGCUUGUAUUAGUUACUGUGGUGAUUUCUUUGGCUGUACUAUAUUGCAUCAUUAAACAGUUGGUACUGUGUCUUUGUAAAUAUAAGUCCCAGAAACUUAAGAAAUCUUAAGAUAUAUUAUUCUUAUGGCAGGCUCAUGGCGGUCAGGCCACAAGGAUGAGAUAUAUAUAGCCAAAAUGACGCAACCUCCGAGGAGGAGCAGACUUACUGAAUACGUCUUAUGAUACAAUCAUGUAAUCAAAAAAUGAAAAUGUUUUCAGCUAAAAGUUAAAAAAACUUAUUCAUGUUAUUGAGCUUACACCUUAUAUUCCACAUGGAGAAAUUUAUUGUUUAGUUUGGUCGUCUUUGUUGUCAGGUAA